CUUAAGUCUGAUGGAGACUAAAUUGUGAUUGGUAUAUUUUGAAACCAUUCCUGUACAUGCUUGGUACGUAAAUAUGUCUGACAACUGUGUUGUCUAUUAGGAUUGAGGUUAAGUCGGUUUAUUUGGUCAAAAUGAUGUGUAGCCGAAUAAAUUUCGUUUUGAAACAUUUUUAUAAACGACCGACUUGGAAUUGUCGUUUGUGCACAACAAUUUCACAAACAACAGAUGAAAGGGAUCCUGCACCGUUUUUCUUCAAUGAACAUGUACAGGAAUUAUUGACGACCUUGACUCGUAUCAAUUAUGAAAAGGUUUUUGCAGCACGCAUAGAUGGAACGCCGUUGGAGGUUCCACAGUAUAGUUUUAUGACGGAUGAAGAGUUACAAGAGGCACGAGCUCGAUUAGCAGUAAAAGCAAGAAAACGAAUUCAGAUGCCACCUGUUGUGAAAAUCAGAUCAGACGAGGUUGAAGUACUGGCCAAAGAGCCUGAAUUACAGGGUUACGAGCAGCACAAUCUUGUGUUUACAGAUAUAUCUUUUGGAAAAAACAAUAGAAACAGAUUAAUUGUGGUACGUGAGUCGAACGGUACAUUGAGACAAGCAACUUGCAACGAGAGGCACAGAAUGAAUCAAAUAUACUUUCCUAUAAAUGGUAGAGAGAUACACACUCCACAAAUGUUCUUCCAUCCAUAUUUGAGUGAUCUAUUGGACAAAGGAGAAUUCGAAUUCAUCUUAGAUAGAGCGUGUUUGCAGUUUGAACCUGAUGAUCCAGAAUACCACAGGGUUACGAAAGAAGUGUAUUCUUACGUGGAUAAAUUAAAUAAAUUCGAUGUUCUGCGAUCUACAAGGCAUUUUGGUCCAUUGGUGUUUCAACUUGCCUGGGAGAAUAAUAUCGAUAAGUUGUUGUUGGAAUUGAUGGACAGUGAAAACAUAGAAGAGGCAGGCGCGCUGAUACGGUUGUAUCACGCGCUUCAUCCUGAUGUUAAAUCGGCUCAGGAAACGAUACACGAGGACAUAGAAUUAAUCAAAGUUUACGCCGAAUUGGAUUCUUCAGAGCGAUACGCGAUAUCAAACGCUAUACAGAGGUACACAAAAAUGCAAACGGAGAAAAAGAAGGUGGAGAAGGGUAUAAUGAAAGCACACGGGCUGAUCGAAGAUGAGGACGUGUAACCGAUAACGUGAACGAUCGUUGGAGUUCGCCGCUAUGUCAGCCAACCGCUUUGUUACUUUUUAUUGUAUAUACAAAUACUUUGCAUUUGCGACUAAAUAAAACCGGUAUAUAAUCAAAAUAACAGAAUUUCGAUGAUUAUUAAUCGAUUAUUUUAUUACGUGAUAGUUACUUACAAACAUUUACAAAUGUAACAAGUCAAUUCGAUUUGGCGUACAGAAUCGUCGGAAAACAUUACAUAUCGAUUAUUGGCUAACGUUCUGGAAAUAACUGAAUCGAUUUCGGGUCCCGCUUUUGCGUCUCGCGGUCGAAAGGUGUGGCACCGAUAUUUCACACCUCUCGAGGGAGAAAUUAUUGCCUGGGGAUGGGUUUGGGCCAUGGAUAAUAGACCAUGAGCCAUGGGGUGGUUCUCGAGGAUGAGAUGUGACUCGGUUGCGUAAAAUAGGAAACGCAUACUUUCGUGAGUAGAUAAAUGGAGGAACGAAGGAAGGAGGUUAGGACAGGGAAGGGAUCGAAUCGGCAGAAAACGAAGAAGUGCGCGUUGAGAGAAAGCAGCUUUGUACAAAUGCAAAUUAUGCGACUGGAGGCUGCUGCAUGUAAGUACCUACUUAUCGUGAAUGGAACAAUAUACAAGUCCGACUGUGAAGAUCGAACGAGAAGUGCUUGUUCGUUGGGAUCGUGUACCGUCUUGAUCGUUUAAUGAUUUGAUAAACACUCGCAACUGAAUACUGUGAUCGAUCGUUAUUAUCCAUAUUCUUACUCAUAUUACUUCUUAUCGUUAUAUGUAUAUUAAUUAUUACUUCCAUAUAGAUGCGUUUCAUGGUGUACGUAGAAAAUAAAUAAUAGCCACGAUUACGAUCGGCGUAGUAGACGAAAUCUUUACUAAUCGA